UCAUCUCAUCUUCUCCACUAACACUCAAUCAAUAUAUCAUAUAGUAUCUUUCUUCUUAUAAAGUUUAUAUUUGCAGGAAAGGAAAGAGUACGUAGUGUGUCAGAAAUCUCAGAGGGUGAGAAUCCCAAUGAGGAUCUUACCCGAACUUCGAGGUUCGGUCCCGUGCCUCCUCCUCCUCUUCGUGUCGGUUCUCUUUUCAGCGACUCUCUCUCUCGCUCGUGUCGUCGAAGUUGUCGGUUACGCCGAGAGCAACAUCAAAAAUCCUCAUGCUUUCUCAGGACUCCGAGUAACGGUCGAAUGCAAGGCGAAUAAAGGCCACUUUGUUACAAAAGGUUCCGGAAACAUUGACGAUCAAGGAAAGUUCGGUCUGAAUAUUCCUCAAGACAUUGUCUCCGACGAUGGAGCUUUAAAGGAGGAGUGUUACGCUCAGCUUCACAGCGCUGCCGGAACACCUUGCCCGGCUCACGACGGCCUUGAAUCCAACAAGAUCAUGUUUUUAUCAAAAUCCGGAGACAAACACGUUUUGGGUCUCAAACAAAACCUAAAAUUUUCACCGGAACUCUGCGUUUCGAAAUUCUUCUGGCACAUGCCUAAGCUCCCUCCAUUUAAGGGCUUUGAUCAUCCUUUCCCUUUACCUCCACCUUUGGUGCUUCCACCGUUCCCCAAAUUCAAGAAACCUUGCCCACCUCCGGUCCCGGUUUACGACCCACCCCCAAAGGUUGAUCUUCCGCCACCUGUCCCGGUUCACGAGCCACCGCCUAAGGUAGAGCUUCCCCCACCUGUCCCGGUUCACGAGCCACCUCCAAAGGUAGAGCUUCCCCCUCCUGUCCCGGUUCACAAACCACCUCCAAAGGUGGAGCUCCCACCGCCGAUUCCUAAGAAGCCUUGUCCGCCUAAACCGCCAAAGAUAGAGCAUCCACCACCGGUUCCGGUUUACAAGCCGCCGCCAAAGGUAGAGCACCCACCUCCGGUUCCGGUUUACAAGCCGCCACCAAAGAUAGAGCACCCACCCCCGGUUCCGGUACACAAGCCACCGCCAAUCCCCAAGAAGCCAUGCCCACCUAAGCCGCCGAAGAAAGUUGAUCCACCGCCGGUGCCAGUGCACAAACCACCGCCUAAGAAGUCUUAUCCGCCCAAACCGCCGAAGAUAGUCCAUCCACCGCCGGUUCCAGUCCACAAGCCGCCAAAGAAGCCGUGCCCGCCCAAACCGCCAAAGAUCGAGCUUCCACCACCGGUUCCGAUCUACAAGCCGCCGACAAAUAAGCCGUGUCCGCCUAAACCACCGAAGAUAGAGCUUCCGCCGCCGGUUCCAAUCUACAAGCCGCCGCCGAAGAUAGAGCAUCCACCAAUCUACGUGCCACCGGUGAUCCCGAAGAAGCCGUGUCCUCCGCCGGUACCAAUACACAUACCACCGGUGGUGAUUCCGAAGAAGCCAUGUCCGCCACUUCCAAAGUUACCGCCUCUUCCUCCUAAAUACUUUCACCACCCUAAGUUCGGCAAAUGGCCUCCGUUGCCGACACACCCUUGAGAAACUAAUACGUAUAUAUAUACGUAUACUCAUAUAUAUUCAACGUGUUUUUUUUUUCUUAUAAAUAUUAAUUAUCCUGCAUGUUUAAUGUUUUAAUUGUUUGUUUUAUCUCUUUCAUCUUUGUUUGCUUUCUCUCCGAGUGUAGAUUGUUUCUUUCUUUUUUAUCUGCCAGCAAUAAUAUGGUAAUGAUUCCUUUC